UAGCCGCUGCAGACUGGAGCAUUUUUUAUUUUUUUUUAAAAACUCCUUUACGACAAUGAGUUUUCCGGCGCUCCUAGGUUGAAGACUGGGCUUUGUCCGGGAAAAAAAAGAAAAAAAAAACGCAAACAAACGGGUACUAGUUGCACGGUGGUGCGUUUACUGUCGCUUCCGUUAGUAUGAUGAGACUCUGAUGUGUGCGGAGAGGACAGGAUGCCCGCCAGCGGCGCCGAAUCGCUGAAACCCAGCGCCUUCAUCCCGGUGUGCACGGCCGCCUGCCUCCUGGUCGGCUCUACCUCCCUCUUCUUCGUCUUCACAUGCCCGUGGCUGGCUGUGACCAUCUGCCCAGCGGUGCCACCAUGUUGUGCCAUCCUCUUUCUUUUCGUGCUGGCCAACUUCACCAUGGCAACCUUCAUGGAUGCAGGUGUGCUCCCAAUGGCAAACGAGGACGAGGACAAGGAUGAUGAGUUCCGUGCUCCGCUGUACAAGAAUGUGGACGUGAAGGGUGUCCAAGUGCGGAUGAAGUGGUGCGCGUCGUGUCAUUUCUACAGACCCCCACGCUGCUCCCACUGCAGCGUUUGUGAUCACUGUGUGGAGGACUUCGACCAUCACUGUCCCUGGGUCAACAACUGCAUCGGGAGGCGAAACUACCGCUACUUCUUCCUGUUUCUGCUUUCUCUGACAGUCCACAUGAUCUGUGUGUUCAGCUUUGGUCUCGUAUACGUCCUGAGCCACAUGGACGACCUGUGGAAGCUGCACUGCACUGUCACUUUGGUUGUGAUCAGUAUAUCAGGACUGUUUCUUAUACCGGUCCUGGGUUUGGCUGGAUUCCACCUGUACCUGGUCUCCAGAGGACGCACCACCAACGAACAAGUAACUGGGAAGUUUCAAGGAGGAGUGAAUCCCUUCACACGAGGUUGUUGCAACAAUCUGGAGUAUCUGGUCUGCAGUCCCAUCUCUCCAAAGUACACAGCACGGCCCUAUAAGAAAACAGUCAUCCACAUCCAGCCUCCAUUCCUGAGACCAGAGAUUGACAGGCAGAUGUCAGUGAAAGUCCGUGACAACGGGAUACAGACUCAGGAUCUUCAAACUAAACGAACGUCAGCAGGAGCUGUCGAGCUGUCAGACAUCAAACAGAUGAAAACUGCACCACCACUGCCACCCAAACCAGAGCACGCCCUGCUGAAGAGCCACUCAACAGCCACAGAUGAAAUGGGACACCAUACAAAAACCAUCAUUCCGGUGUCCAUCCCCACUGUGCCACAGUUACGGCCGGUCCUGGAGGCCAUAUCCAGAGGAUCGUCACCAAUUCCUCCAGAGCAGUUUUUGAAGACAUCGGAGCAGCAGGGGAACAACAGGAGUCCUGACCUCCGCUCUGAUUCUAAAGAAAGCCCCCAUAGAGGCAGCCAGCAAGCCGGCCUGCCCAUCCAGACCAACAGCAUCUCUGCCUCGCUGCAGCUCAACUCUCUGACCCUAAAUUCUCGCUCACUCACCCUCAAACACAGCAAUCGCCAUGGCAACAAACCCCAGCUUCACACCAUGCACAGUGACAGCUUAGGAUCGAAUCCUGCACCGGGUAUUAUCACCUCCUCCGGUCUGCUGGCCAAUCACAGCAGCAGCAGCCUCUCCUAUGAUAAUCUCAUGAACCCUGCAGACCCUCAGUUCUUGCCUCAAAGAGGGGCUCCACCGGUCGGCUACCACUCUCACUUCAUGUCUCUGGGUGCAGAUGGGACUGUGGUGCAGCGGCCUCUUCCUCACGCUUACAGCCCCGUGUUUAUGGGCAUCACCAGACAGUCUCCUCAGCCCAGAGAGACCUCACCCUCCCUGCAGGGCCUCACGUCAAGGGACCCCUCUCCCUCCUUCCAAGGUUUCAUUCAAAGAGACCCCUCCCCAUCUUUCCAAGGCCUUAUGCAGAGAGACCCCGCAUCCCAAGGCGUGACAACACGAGACCUUCCCCCUAAAAGUUUGGCAUCUCAAUGUCUCAGAGACAGCCUCAGGGAUCUCGGCCCGCAGGGUUUGACACAACCGAAAUCUGCUGCUGCUCGCUAUGACAACUUCUCAAAGACCCUCAUGGCAUCUAUUCACGAGAGGCGGGAGUUGGAGGAGAGGGAUAGGAUGUUGCGUCUCCAAGCCAGAUCGCAAGCCCUCUAUGGUCCUGAUGUUGGGAUUUAUGACAUCCCUAGCAGGAGAAGUCUACCACCAGAAAACAUCCACCGGCCUCCUGGCUCCCGUGGGCCGACUCCUCCUGCUUAUGGCUCCAGGGAGUUUCUGAUGAGCACAGGCAUCUUAGGGUACGGCUUGAGGACAUCACCGCUCUCCAGCUCCUCUACGUCAUCUCUGACUCGAGGCCCCAAAACGUCCAGCUCCCCUCUGCAGAGCAGCAGCAGCAGCAGCCUGCAGAGCAAAGGCAGGUCUUCCUCUCCUGCUUACUGCCCUCCCGAUAGACAGACUCAACCCCUCCCUUCCUCUACGUCCACUCUGCCCCGUUUACCCAGCGCCUCUGCCCCCUCAUACGCCUCCUACGCCACUGCGAAGCGUUCCUCGCUCACAUACUCCACGGAGGGGAAGGACUCGGUCACCCUGGGAGCCCUUAAAUAAUAUUAAAAAAAAGAAAAAAAGAAAACAUACUCCAUGUUUCUGGUGGUGUGAAUGAAUCAUCUAUGCAGUGUUAGUCUCAGUCUUCACAGCGCUGAAACACUUUGUAAAUAAGAGGCCGUUUGGGAUGUUUCCUAUGUGGGAGAGUGUAUGAGAAACAAAGUGCAGGAUAAACUUGGAAAAUGUUCUUCCAAAAGUCUUGUCCAAGUCUUUCAAAAUCUGAGAAUCUCAGGAUAGUUGGGCCUCCUCUAACAAACAGAGCGAGCUCCACAAACUCAAACUGAAAGCAGAAGGGCUAUGUGAGGAGUACAUAUGGACUUUCUAUCUGCUUGUAUGUGUUUUGAUAUUGCUUUUGUGAAACAAUGUAAUACCACAUUUGUCUCCCGCCUACAAG